AUGUCCGCACAGCAGAAUACCGCGCCUCCCGUGAUCUUUCCGGGGGGCAUAAUGCAAAGGCGACUUCUCGACGCCCUCGAGAAUAACGAGUCGUACUACGAGCUUGCCAUUGAGCUCGUUGAGCUGGGCAUCCGGCUGCAGAAUGACCCCGACUUGGCCAGGCAAGGGGUCAACAUGGCCACCACUGCCCAUAGCCUUCGCAGGCAACAGCAGUGCAACUGGGAGCUGAUCGUCCUGUUGCUCUCCAUGGAGCGAUCCGCCGUCCGGGCCGUCAUCCUGGGCACCGUUGCGCAUGAUGCCGCCUGCGGCAUGCUGAAGGCGUAUACGAAACCCCAUAACGAGUCCUACAGCCAGGGUAUAUACGUGAUUGGCCUCAAAAAGGCCGGGACGGCGGGCCUGUUCCUCAACCAGCAUGAGCUCCGCCGACUUAUCAAGGGCGUCGAGGAUUACAUCCUAGGUGCUCAGAUCUUUGCUGCCAAAGCUCUUACCCAGUGUACGUCGGGAGAAAGGGCGCUGGUCAGGUGGAUCAAGUCGGUGGAUGGUAACAUGCCGAUCAACUACCGCGCAGCACCCGCCGGACGGCCGGAAAGGGCCAAGUUCAUCCAGUCUCAGAAGGAGGUCGAGACGGCGCGGCUCCUCGUCGAGUCGUUGAACAGACGGUUGCUGGCUUCGGCCUCUGUUGCGUCCCCCGCCACUGCUUCCGGUGCGGCUCCUCGUCAGGUCCAAAGCCCCCUCUACGUGGGGUGUUCCGCGAACCUGGAGCAGAGGUUGGGCAACUACGCCCCCACGCAGCGCAUGACCAAGAUAAACAAGCCGCUUGCGCUGACCGUCUGCAUCCUCCAGGCCCAGAAGGUAGACAUCCAGCUCGACGCUCAUGUCGUCUUGCAGACGUGGAAGCCCGAGCAGCUUGCCCUUGCAGAGCAGCUCGUCAUUUCUCUCGCCGGGUCCUUGAUCCACCAGACCGGCUUCAACCUGAUCCCGGGCGGCACAAACUCGGGGUCAGCAGCCGGCAUCGGGAGAGCCGAGGAGAAGAUCCUCAGCGGGCGCCCGGGCUAUCUGCAGGCCAACUUGGACGCGAGCCUCCAAGACCGCCGCCAACGCCGAGAUUUCGAGUAUCGUCUCCAGCAGAUCGAUGCCGAGAUUGACGCCUGCUUCGAAGAGGCCAAAAGGGGCUAUCCCCAGGACCACACGCAGAUUGUUGCCUUUACAAGCAGGCCUGCCGCGGCGACGAUUGAGACGGCCAGACUGGAUCUUGAACGUCUCAAUCAGCAACUCCGCGAGGCCGAAAUCGCCAACCAACGGGCCAAAAGCAUGUGGUCAGUGAUGAAGGCCGGUUGGCCAGACCUUUGCACGCGCGCCGAGGACGAAUACGACCGGGCGAUGGGUGAGGUGGCCGACCAAGCGAUGGGCGAUGUUGACGACGAGUAA